AUGUCUUUGGCUAUGAUUCUGGUUGCACUCACGCUGGCAGCGUUCAUAGCCCGUGUUGUUUAUCGCUGCUACUUUCAUCCUCUCGCUCGCUAUCCUGGGCCUUGGUUUGCCCACAUCUCUAAUGCCUGGAGACUCGUUACAUUCUUCAGUGGCCAGCAUCACUUGAUAGAACAGCGUCUACACGCUAGAUACGGUCGCGUGGUCCGAGUUGCACCCGACUGGCUGUCAUUCUCCAGUCUGGAUGAUUUCGAGGCCAUCUAUGGCUUCAACAAGGCCAUCGAGAAGAACGAGUUCUAUGACUUUGGUCGCAACCGGGGCAGCCGGCCCGAGAGCAUCUUCGCCGCAAAGACAGAGGCCAGUCACCGAGUCAAGAAGAAGAAGGUGGUCAGUCCAGCUUUGACUAGUACCAGGAUCGCUACAUACAAGCCUGUCAUCGAUAAGCAGGUGGGGUUUUUGCUAGCGCGGCUGCAGUCAAAGUUGAAGGGAUCAACACAAGAUGGGGAGAACAACGGUACCACUGUGGUGAACAUGGCUCCCGUUGUGCAUCAGUUCACCCUAGACACAAUGCUUGAGCUGGUCUUCGGCCCUAGCCUAGCGGUACACCCGUAUACUGAUACCUCUGCUGGCGAAGGGGUAUGUUCAAAUCUGCGCAUCAUGACCAAAAUGGCCUGGAGUUUCUCACUUUGGCCAGCCUUUGGGUGGCUCAUGAACACACGUCCGGUUGAUGCAAUGUUACGCCGACCGACUUACAGCAAGCAAGGUGAAGUCACCGGUAUGGCAGGCCUCAUGGGCGUGGCCAUGCCGAGGCUCUUGAGGAACCCACAACAAGUGGUCGCAUCUUCCCAGCCUAGUAUCAUCAAGGGCUGGCUAGAAGUCCCUCCGGACGAUGCGAACCGCAUGACUCCAGCCGAAGUCGCGUCAGAGGCGUCCAACUUGAUCAUAGCAGGGCCAGGAAGCACGGCAGCUGCUCUGACAGCAGUUAUAUUCUACCUGGGCACGAAAGAAGGCCAAACUUGGCAGGAAAAGAUUCGAGACCAAGUUCGCGCUUCCCAGAGCCAUGAUUUAGGGCCAUCAUCGCUGGAACUCCAGGCGGUGAUCAAAGAAACGUUAAGACUAAGCGCCCCAUUUCCGACUGCUUUUCCCCGAGUGAUUAGACCUGGCGCUGAGAUGGCCAUACCUAGCCUCCCUGCUCCGCUGCCUGUCGGAGCAACGGUCUCUGCGAAUACAUUUGUGCUGGGACGAUCGCAAGAACUCUGGGGCAAUGACUCCGAUGAAUGGAAACCACGGCGCUGGCUGGGGAGUGAGCAACAUCGUCGAGAGAUGGAGACCAAAUUUGUGGCAUUCAGCAAGGGCUCGCGGAGCUGUAUCGGACGUGAGUUGGCGUUGCUUGUUCUUGCGCAGGCAGUGAUUGGUAUCGUCCAGCAAUGGAGAUUCCGCAGUAGGGAGGAGUUGCGAGGCAAAAGCUUCCUUGAGAUGCAGUAUGACGAGUGUUGGAUUGAAUUCGAGCCGCUUGACCUGUCGUUGAGCGCAUGA